GCAUUAAUUAUAGAAACGACUGUCCUGUGGAACCUUUUAUACCAAUAUAUCUUAUAGUUGCUGGUUCUUGUGGUCUUUUAAAAGCAAUUAUUUUAACUUGUGAAAAAUUAAAGAAUCCUGAAACUGACGAAGAACAGAACACGGACGAAUUUUCAUCAUAUGAAGACAUAUCAAAUACUAGUAAAUUUAUGGAUGGUAUUCUGAAUAUUUUUAUGUUCACGUGGUUUAUAGCUGGGAAUGUGUGGGUUUAUACACACUAUAAACCUAACGCGAAACCGCCAUUACACGAUCCAUUGAACUAUUGUGAACCCACGGUGUACUGGUUUGCGUUUUGGAUUGUAACUGUCAGUUAUGUCAUAAUGGGAACAAUAUUUUUUUGCAUAUGCUGUUUAGGAGCAUGUGCAAGCUGUACAGCGCUUUUUGUAACAAAAACUUGA